AUGUUUUUUCUUUACACGCUGGUAGUGUUUGUGAUAUUCGGGUGUUUAGUGUAUUAUCAUUUCACAAGAACUUUUAAAUAUUGGCAAUCGAGAAAUGUUCCCGGUCCACAACCAUUGCCAUUCUUUGGUAAUAUAAAAAAUUACGUUCUCAGAAAGUCGCUUGCUGCAGAAGUACUUAAAGAAAUAUACGAUGAAUAUCCAAAUGAAAAAGUAGUUGGUAUUUAUAGAAUGACUACGCCCAGUUUGCUAAUAAGAGACCUAGAUUUGGUAAAGACGAUUUGUGUUAAAGAUUUUGAUAAUUUCGACGAUCGCGGCAUGGAAUUGAGUGAAAAGGGCUUAGGUACUAAUCUUUUUCACGCUGAAUCAGACAUCUGGCGGCCCCUUAGGAGUUUAGUUUCACCUUUAUUUACAACAAGUAAAUUGAAAACUAUGGUCCAAUUAGUCAAUGAAAGAGGCGACAUAUUUGUUAAGCACAUCAAACAAAUUACUGAAGUGAAAACAGAUCAAGAGAUGUACUCACUCGCGCGGAAAUUUACAAUGUCAUGUAUUUUUGCAUGUAUUUUUGGACUGGACGUUAGCUCAGAUAGUAACUUGCUCGUAGAGAAAAUGUCUAAAAUUGAUAAAUUGUCAUUUACAAGGACUUUUGCCCAAGAUUUAGAUUUAUUAUAUCCUGGUAUACUAAAGAGAUUUAAAUCUUCUUUUUACAAUGCAGAACUCGGUAACUUUUUUGUUAAUUUAGUAAGGGACAGUAUGCAAGCCAAAAAUGGUAUACCUUCUGACAAAAAAGACUUCAUAGAUUUAAUUUUGGAAAUCAAAAAUCAAGGCAAUAUUUUGGAAACUACAAAAAUGGAAGACAUGGUAAAAUUAAUAGAUUCUGCAAAAUUGACUGAUGAAGUAAUAGCGGCUCAAGCGUUUACAUUGUAUGUAGCUGGAUACGAAACCAGUGCGGCUACUGUGGCAUUUAUGUUGUACGAACUAGCAAUUAAUCCUCAUAUACAGGAUAAGCUCAUUUUUGAGCUCGAUGGAGUACUCGACCGACACGAUGGAAACAUAACGUAUAAAAUAAUUAAUGAAUUGACUUAUAUGGGAAAAGUAUUUAACGAAACUCUUCGAAAAUACCCAAUAUUAGAUAUACAACGACGGGCCAAUGCAGAAUAUAGUAUACCAGGGACGAGCAUUACUAUUGAGAAAGGGACAAUCGUGUUAGUACCAACAUUGGCUAUAAGUCACGAUGAGAAGUAUUUUCCGGAUCCAAGCAAAUUUGACCCAGAGAGAUUUUCUCCCGAGAAUGAGAGCAAAAGACAUCCUUGUGCUUUUAUACCUUUUGGUACCGGUCCUAGAUUCUGUAUCGGUAAGUUAUCUGAUUAA